AGGCGGAGCCAACCACUAGUUGCUUUGCGUGGCAAUAGGCCCCCCAUUGCGACCUUCCCUUCUUUGUCUUCUUCCUUGAAUUUGCUCCCAGUAGAGAGAGAAAAAAAAUCAAUGGCUACACAGUUCCAUUUCUACCCAAUAUUGUUCUUUUUCCUCAUCAAAUUAAUGUAAUGGAGGCAACUUCAGCUUCAACUGCAACUGCGCUUCGUCGUCUUUCUCUUCUCUCUUCACAUUUUCGUACUCAUUGUUUCUCUCCUCAAGUGGCGGCUUUCAAUUGCAGCUCCUCUAAUGGAGAAAAUCAAGAAAAUGGGUGCGUUUUUUGUAUGAUUGUUCGAGGUGAAGCACCUGCCUUAAAGGUCUAUGAAGAUGAUGUAUGCCUCUGCAUUUUGGACGCUAACCCGUUGUGUUUUGGCUUUUGCAGGCACUCGCUUGUCAUCCCAAAGUCUCAUUUUCCUUCUUUGCAAGAAACUCCACCAUCAGUUGUGGCUGCCAUGAGUUCAAAAGUGCCCUUGAUUAGCAGCGCAGUCAUGAAAGCCACUGGUUGUGAUUCAUUCAACUUGUUGGUUAACAAUGGCGCGGCUGCUGGCCAGGUUAUAUAUCACACCCAUAUUCAUAUAAUUCCUCGUAAAGAAAGCGAUUGCCUAUGGACUUCUGAGAGCUUGAGUAGAUGUCCACUGAAGUCAGACGAGGCUCAGAAACUUGCAGAUGGUAUUCGGGAAAACUUAUCGUUUUCAAACAACAUUGAAGAUAGCAAGGGGCAAGGAUCAAGUCUCAUUGUAAACUAGGGAUGUUGCACACAUGUUUGUCAAACUAGAGGCGGAUCUAAGACAGGUUCUGUUUUUCAAGUCGAAGAAUGCAUACACAUGUGUACAUAUCAUGCGAUAUCACUGAUUCUCAAUUCCCCGACUCUAGCUUCUGAAUUUGCCUCUGUUGUAAACUAUUAUGAAAGCAUGAGCAUACGGGAUGUAUUUUCGACUCGUUGUUCCAUUUGUUUCCUGAUUCAGUUGCUGCAGGACUGUUGAAAUGAGCUGCAUUUGUUGUAAAUUAGUUUGUGAACUUCUAGUGAGGAUACAUGAGCAAUCUUUGUUCAUAAGUGUGUUCGGUACGGUGGAAAUUUCAAUUUUUCAUCAAAAUUUUUGGAAAAUAUUUUCUCUA